CACCUGUCCCUCCCAGCGCCCCUGCUCAGCACCAUGGGCGGGCCCUGGGCUCUGCUGGCCACGCUCUGGGCGCUAGGGGCCGCCGAGGCUGCUGCUGCGCUGCGCAUCGGAGCCUUCAACAUCCAGAGCUUCGGCGACAGCAAAGCGUCAGACCCGGCUUGUGGUCCUGUCAUUGCGCAGAUCCUGACUGGCUACGACAUCGCGCUGGUGCAGGAGGUGCGAGACCCCGACCUGAGCGCCGUGUCCGCGCUCAUGGAGCAGAUCAACAGCGUGUCCAAGCACGAGUACAGCUUUGUGAGCAGCGAGCCCCUGGGGCGGGACCAGUACAAGGAAAUGUACCUGUACGUCUACAGGAAGGAAACGGUGUCAGUCGUGGACACCUAUCAGUACCCGGACCCCGAGGACUCCUUCAGCCGCGAGCCUUUCGUGGUCAAGUUCUCCGUCCCCGGCUCAGGUGAGGCCGGCCCCGCCCCCAGCCCUCCCCGGCUCUCCCUCGGGCCCGACGCCCCCGUGCCCUCUGUAGCUGCCAAGGAGCUGGUGCUGAUCCCGCUGCACGCGGCCCCGCACCAGGCCGUGGCCGAGAUCGACGCGCUCUACGACGUGUACCUGGACGUGAUUGACAAGUGGGGCUCCGACGACAUGCUGUUCCUGGGCGACUUCAAUGCUGACUGCAACUACGUGCGGCCGCAAGACUGGGCCGCCAUCCGCCUGCGCAGCAGCGAGGUCUUCAAGUGGCUCAUCCCCGACAGCGCCGACACCACGGUGGGCAACUCGGACUGCGCCUACGACCGCAUUGUGGUGUGCGGCGCGCGCCUGCGCAGGUGCCUAAAGCCCCAGUCGGCCGCCGUGCACGACUUCCAGGCGGAAUUCGGCCUGGACCAGACUCAGGCCCUGGCCAUCAGUGACCACUUUCCUGUGGAGGUGACCUUCAAGUCCCACUGACCACUGGAGAUCUGGCCAGGGCACAGCACCUGCGGACUCUAACCCCAGGGAAGAGCCCCACAGUGGCUCCUUCAGGGUGGCAGCUACUCCUCAGUGAGGCCACAGGCAGAGCCUGGUGGGUGUGGACGAGUGGUCAUGGACAUGUUAUAUGACCACUCUGAGCCUGUUUCCCCAUCUGUAGGAUGGGCUACCACCACCUACCUCAUAGGGUUGUCGUGAGGAGUCCCCAUGAGGGGCUGGACAGUGCCUGACACACGUCUGCUCAAUAAACGAGCUGUGCUCAGCCCAGACCACA